UGUCACUUCGACAUGAUGGCGUAGCAAUGUGGAGUGUCGGCCGGGGGUAGUUCUCGUGGGCUCGGAGAAGUUUAGGAUCCUAGUACAGUGGAGUUUUGACAUUAAUAAAGGAAACGUACUAACGGGAAAGCCAGAGUUUCGUCGACAGGAGUUUGUUAACGGUUUUCCCAGUGACUCAAGAUGAUGUCCGAUGCCAGCGACAUGUUGGCAGCCGCUCUGGAGCAGAUGGACGGCAUCAUUGCAGGUUCUAAGGCUCUGGACUACUCUAAUGGGCUAUUCGACUGCCAGUCACCCACCUCUCCUUUUAUGGGCAGUCUACGUGCUCUUCACCUUCUGGAGGACCUGAGGAGUGUCCUUGAGUUGAUGGACACAGAGGAAAGGGAGAGUCUUCGCUGCCAGAUUCCUGACUCCACGGCUGACAGUCUAGUUGAGUGGCUCCAUGGUAAUCUGUCCAAUGGGCAUGUUUCCCUCAGUGGGGGCGACCACUACCAAGAAAGAUUAUCCCGACUGGAGAGUGAUAAAGAGUCCCUGGUUCUUCAGGUGAGUGUGCUAACAGACCAGGUCGAAGCUCAGGGAGAGAAGAUUCGAGACCUGGACAUGUGUCUGGAUGAGCACAGGGAGAAACUCAACGCCACAGAGGAGAUGCUGCAACAGGAGCUUUUGUGCAGAACAGCGCUGGAGACCCAGAAGCUGGAGCUCAUAUCUGAAGUGUCCAACCUGAAGCUGACCCUGAACGCCAUGGAGAAGGACAGACUUGACUUUGGAAGAUUUAGGGAUAGUGAGGAUUUGAUACUUGAAAUAAAUGAACUUCGGUACAGACUGACAGAGCUGGAGAAUGAAAAACUACAGUAUGAAAAGAAACUUAAAUCCACAAAGGAGGAGCUCGCCAUACUGAGGAGGCAGCUGGAGGGCAAAGAUGGAGAGAUGAGGCAACUACAGGACGAGGCAGGCUUCAAAUCCAGUGCCUUGAGCAGUGCAGAUCCCACAGAGAGAGUCUCUCACCCAGAUGAAACUCUUAGAAAGAGGCUGAAAGAAAAACAUGUGGAAGUGCAGAGAAUGAAAAAGGCAGUAGAAUCAUUGAUGGCAGCCAAUGAAGAAAAGGAUCGUAAGAUUGAGGAGCUGAAGCAGUCCUUGCUACGGUACAAGAAAGUUCAAGACAUGGUGAUGUCAGUUCAAGGAAAGAAAGAGAGAUCCAAAGACAUGGAGCAUGUUGAGAGUCACUUGGAGGGAGCUGUUUUAUCUAUAUCAACCAGCGCUGUGUCUGUGGAGUCAGAAAAGCCUGCAGUGUCAGAUGUUGAACAGUUGAAAAGGAAGAGUCCAGACGAGUUGGAGACUCUUAAUGAGGCGAGCCAGGAACCUUCACCCACACCGAGCCCGUCAGAUCCAGAACAAGUAUCAGAAUCUGCUCCUCAAGAUUUAGAAAGCAGCCAAGAUACCACAAAGACCGGCAGCCAGGACCAGAUGGAUAGGAACAGUGUUGAAAAGGAUACAAGUGAAGAAAUCAGUAGGAUCAGUGAAAAGCCACCCCUGGGUCCCUCUGCUACCCUGCCCGCCAACACACAGGAUGACAGCUUUGGCUCAAGAAAAGCUCGUUCUUCUUUUGGAAAAGGAUUUUUCAAGAUCCGUGGGGGCAAAAAAACAUCCAGCACCCCCAACCUCGACCGCAGCAGGAGUGCAAGUGCGCCGAUGCUAGCUGAAACAGAGCGACAGGGCACUGAUCAUCUGGACCUCGCUGGACUUCCACAGAGAUCUUCAAACAGUGAUAGCACCCACACACUCCCUACGACCCCUGAGAGCAGGAAAAAAUCCAAAGGAAUAAAGAAACUCUUUGGAAAGCUGAAAAGGAGUCAGUCUACAACUUUUAAUCUGGAUGACAACCUACCAGAAGGAGAGUUCAAGAGAGGUGGAGUGCGAGCUACAGCUGGACCCAGACUGGGCUGGUCUCGUGAUCUUCAACGAGUCAACAAUGAUGUUGAUGCCCCCUUUGCACGCUGGUCAAAGAAUCAAGUUUGUGACUGGCUGCAGGAGCAGGGUCUCGGCCUUUAUGUGAAUAUGGCCCGUGUAUGGAUCUCCUCUGGUCAGACGCUUCUACAGGCCUCACAGCAGGACCUCGAGAGGGAGCUAGGCAUCAAACACCCACUACACAGGAAGAAGCUGCAGCUGGCUCUGCAGGCCCUUGGCUCAGAGGAGGAAGACAACAAGGGAAAGCUGGACUACAACUGGGUUACCAGGUGGCUGGAUGACAUUGGUUUGCCUCAGUAUAAGACUCAGUUUGAUGAGGGGAGGGUGGAUGGUCGCAUGCUGCACUACAUGACGGUGGAUGACCUGCUUUCUCUCAAAGUGGGGAGCGUCCUGCAUCACCUCAGUAUAAAGAGGGCUAUCCAAGUACUCCGCCUCAACAACUAUGAGCCCAACUGCUUACGCCGCAGGCCAUCUGACGAGAACAAUGUUUCUCCAGCAGAGAUCUCACAGUGGACUAACCACAGGGUGAUGGAGUGGCUGCGUUCUGUGGAUCUCGCUGAAUAUGCUCCCAAUCUAAGAGGCAGUGGCGUGCAUGGCGGCCUGAUGGUUCUGGAGCCUCGGUUCAACGUGGAGACCAUGGCUCUGCUGCUCAACAUCCCCCCAAAUAAAACGCUGCUACGUCGCCACCUGGCCACACAUUUUAACCUGCUCAUUGGAUCAGAGGCCCAGCAGCUCAAACAGGAGUGUCUCGAAAACCCAGACUACACUCUGCUCACUGCCACCACUAAAGUCAAGCCAAGAAAGUUGUCAUUUGGUAACUUUGGCAGUCUGAGGAAGAAGAAGCAGGAUGAAAAUGAGGAGUACGUGUGUCCAAUGGAUGUGGAGAUGCCAAAGGGAAGAAGUUUUCAGAAAGGUUUUGAGCUCCAAAUCUACGAGGACGACCUUGACAGGCUAGAACAGAUGGAUGACUCUGAAGGGACUGUGAGGCAGAUCGGAGCUUUCUCUGAGGGGAUUCAAAACCUCACGAGCAUGCUGAAAGAUGACGAGUUCUUCAAAGAGAUUUCAAAUUCACCAAACCCCAGUGUAACAGAUGAAGAGUCCACUGCAUAAGACUGUGAGCACCCUGAGACCUGGUCCUGCUGUGAAUGAAGCUCUCCCAUGCACAGACUUUUCUCCUCAACCCCCCAAAAUGCUGCCAGGUUCUUUUGUAGGAGUAACCCUAAAAGACGAGCCUAAAGUAUUACAGUGUCUGAUUUUUAUUUCAGUUUCAAACUGUGGUGUUGUGAAAGCCUUCAGUCCUGUGGGCUCUAUGACUCUUGAACUUUGUCGCUGUUUUGUUGUCUGAUGAUGGAGGGAACAUUUAGGGCCACACCACUGCCUGUCUACCAGCUGGUUUCUGGAUAUUUUGUACUCAGCUGUGUUUUAGCAUCCUUCUAGUUCUCAUCUAAAGUGAACCAGUGAUCGAUUUCUGAGCAAAGGUGUAAACCAGCAGAAUUAAAGACAUCUACAAUACACCAAUAUAGAUAGAUUUUAAUAUAUGUUUUUAAAAAUGCCUUUUUACUGUAGUUAAACAGAAAAGACAAUGGAUAUCCCCAAUUUUUAGAUGUUAGUAUAAACAAAAAACUUAAACGGCUGCUAUGUGUUUUUUUUUUCUUUCUUUUUUUUACUGAAUUUAACCUUGUGAUUUCAAUGAAAAUUGUCUUUUUACUGAUUUCACACACAAGUGAUGUUCUACAUAAUGUUUGCACAAAUGCAUAUCAUACAAAACAAAGCCUAAUUAAUAUCAUUGCAUGAUGUUGAAAAUCAUUUAUAUAAAAGCUUCUUUAUUUUAUCUUUACUAUGGAUUUAUUCUGAAGGGGUUAUUUUUUGGAAAGGGCUCGUAUGUUCAGAAUUGUGAGAUAAUGUCAGUUUUUUUUAAAUGUGGUAAUUCAUCCCUCUGCAAUACAAGGAAAACAUUUUCUAUUCAUUUCUAAGACCAAUAAAAUAAUUUAAAUCA